GGGAUAUAAAGGCAUCAUUCAAAAAGUUGAUCAAACAUUUUGUUUCGGUGGAGUGAUCAAAAUGAGAUCCAUCGUACUUUUCGGACUAUUCAUUGUAGCUGUCACAGCUGCACCAGAGAAUGUUGAGAGGAUUGCUGGUGGUUCUGCUACCAACAUUCAAACAUAUCCUAGUAUCGCAUCACUCUUGUACACUUGGAACUGGAGCUCAUACUUGAACGCUUGCGGUGGAAUUAUUCUCAACAAUAGAUCUAUCCUAACAGCUGCUCAAUGCCCUCGGAAUGACCCAGCUAACAGAUGGCGUGUGCGUGUUGGCUCGAGCAAUGCUAACACUGGCGGUACAGUCCAUCUCCUCAGCUCCAUGAUCGUGCACCCCAACUUCGAUCUAGAUUCUUUGGUCAACGACAUCGCUAUUAUGCGUACUUCCAACUCCAUAUCCUACAACAAUGCUGUCCGCCCGGCUAGCAUUGCUGGCUCCAACUAUAACAUUGCUGACAAUACGGGUCUGACCGCCGCUGGCUGGGGACACAAUUUGUUCGGCCAACCCUCCGAGCAGCUCCGCCACGUCCACUACCAGGCCAUCAAUCAGGCAACGUGUAGGAACCGUUACGCUGCCCGCGGUAUCUCCAUCACCGACAACAUGUUCUGCACUGGUAUCCUCAACGUUGGAGGUCGCGACACCUGCAGAGGCGACUACGGCGGCCCCGUCUACCACAACAACGUUGUCGUCGGUGUCAUCUCCUUCACAGUGGAAUGUGGUUCAGCUCACUUCCCUAGUGUCAACUCACGCGUCUCUCGUUACACAUCUUGGAUCCAAAACAAUGCUUAAUAAAGAAAUGUUACGUAAUGUAA